AUGUGCAUUUGGAAAAUUGGAAAAUUUAGUCCGACUUGUCAAUGUGCUCUUUGUGGAAUGUUAUCAAAAUGGUUUUCUCUGAAAUUCACGCCAUUCCCAUUGUUGAAACUUCCAACAAUUCCAUUACUAUUGAUUACCAGAAUGAUGGAUUCUAAUGAAAUAAUAAAACUCGCUAUGUGCUCUUAUCGAUUGGAACUCUUCCUUCAAUUUUUCAAAUACAAAGUCGAUCAUGUAUACUUCCACUUAAGUGACAUAUUCCUACAAGCCGACACUAUGAUACUUCCAAAUAAUAAUCUCUCAACUUAUUUCAACGUUGUGCAUAAUGAGAAACGGAUUACCAGAAUGACAGAUCUGUGUGACAGGUUUCUAAACGAAAACGACGAUUUCCUUUGGGUUCAAUCGAUGUCAGAGAAAGAUAUAAUGGAAAUGUGCAAUCGAAUCAGUUCAAUGUUUUCAUACUCGUUGCUUGAAUGGGUAUUUUAUUUGGAUCAAAUUGAGAAAGACACUCUCAUGAAGUAUCUGGAUGAAGUAUUGAGAACAAGAGUAUGUGAGAACAUGAUAACUUUCAUGCAAGGAUGUUUUAGUAAGGAGUUAUUAACGGAGAUUCUGGAUAAGAUACCUGUGACAAUAGGGAUAGAUAUAAAAUCGGGUAUUCCGGUGGAUUUCAGACAUCCGAAGGCUCUGAAAUUCUCUACAAUGGAGUACAGAGAAGCAAGAUGGAUUACUGUAGACGACUUGAAGUCUGUUAGAAUUCCUGGCUCCGUUAUGCUGGGGACUACAAACUUUGAUUGUUCUGAUAUCAAUGAAUUCUUGAAAUAUUGGGUCGACUGUGAUGAAUUUAUGAUGGAAUCAAUGUCACUGAAUAUGAAGGAAAGUACAGUAAUCAAUAGAGAUGUUAUAUUAGAUCAACUGAUGGCUGUCCAGUUUUACAGUGAUGUAGGCUAUCAUGUUUAUGUAAAAGCUAAAAACCACAAAAACCUAGAAUCUCCUCUCGGUGUCUUGGAUAUAAAUGCAAAAAAUAAAAUCGAGUUUUGGGCAUUCAAGUCGGAUGAGUAUUCAGAAAUAUACGGAAUGUUAGAAUCACUUGAGAAGAAAAAAGAUUUGGAGAUGGAAUUGAAGAACCUGGAGGAUAGUAGGGACAAACGGAAGGAAGAGAUCUCUACAGAGCUGGAACAAUUGACAAAACAGUUAAAUGAAAAGGAAGAGAAAGGAUUUAUUUUCACUUUCUAG